AUGUCUUUCUUAAUGAAAAAGAAGAAGUUCAAAUUUCAAGUGCAUUUCACUCUGGAGGAGCUGACGGCCGUGCCUUUCGUCAAUGGAGUGCUUUUCUGCAAGAUCCGGCUCAUCGAUGGCGGGGACUUCGCAAUCUUAUCAUCUAGGGAGGAAGUGCAGCAGAACAGUGUUCGAUGGAGGAAGAAGUUUUCCUUUGUCUGUAAAAUGAGUGCUAAUCCCAUUACUGGAGUGUUGGACCCAUGCAUCUGCAGAGUCUCUGUACGCAAGGAGCUCAAGGGAGGAAAGGCCUUCUCAAAGCUAGGCUUUGCUGAUCUCAACAUUUCCGAAUUUGCUGGUUCAGGCUCCACCGUCCGUUGCUGCAUUCUGGAAGGUUACGACACCAAAAACACCCGGCAGGACAACUCCAUUCUCAAGGUAACCAUCGGGAUGACUCUUCUGUCCGGGGACCCCUGCUUUAAAACGCCUCCUAGUACAGCCAAGUCUGUCUUUAUUUGUGACGAGGAUCCCAAUUUACAGCUGGACUGUAAGGGAGAGGGCACUAACGCCACUGACCAGCCGCUGGGAGGAAUUGUCGGGGAGCCUUGUGCCAUGAAGUCCCGACAGUCAUCAGUACGUAGUUCAGGACUGGCUGAACAAGGCGAGAGCGCGGCCGAGGAGGUGUUUCACAGCCGCCAUGUCCGCAGCUCCAGCUACGCUAGCCAGCACAGCCGGAUAUCAGGCUACAGCACUGGUCACUCCCGCUGCUCCAGCCUGACUGACCUCAGUCACCAGAGGAAUGCCUCGUCCAGCAGCAGUGCCUCGUGCGGGGCCGCUCACCCCCCCCAGCCACCUCCCUCCUCAUCCCCGGCCGAGCCGCAGCGUCAAGCCACUCCCACCAAACCGGAGAGACCUCCUCCACCCUCUGCGGCCGCACUCAUGCACAAGAGGUCCUCCAGAAGGAAGAAGACCAGUGUGGAACGGCAGCCCAGCUGUGUGGACGACACCCGGAUUGACGCUGCAAACAUUGUCGAGAAGAUUGUGCAGAGCCAGAACUUCUCUGACAGCAGCAACAAUGAGGACAGCCACUUGAGAUUGUUUGUCAGUAAAGAUGGGACUACAGCCCUCAGUGGGGCACAGCUCGACAACAGAGGAUCUCCUAGUAUCUUUGAGCCUGUGGUCAUUGAAACUCACUGA